AUGAAUUAUAUAGAAAGGAACAAACUGGAAACCAUUUAUAAGGAUGAUUACACAGAUUUCACAAGACUGAGUGACUUUGAAAUUUUUACAAAAGAUAUCCUAGUAAGCUUAAAAAAAUUGAAUAUUAUAGAGACGAAGAGAAAAUAUGAAGAGAAAUAUGCCUUCAUAAAUAUUGAGAAAGGGAGCAAACCAUUAUCUCCACUUUCUUUAUUUAUAGCAGUUGAUGAUACAUGUAAUUUUUUAAAAAAGGUUGCAACAAAAAAAGAAUAUUGUAUAAAAUUAAAUUAUAUAUAUUACCCCCAUAAUAAAUGCCAAAAUGUUAUCCCUUUUAACUUUAAUGAUAAUUCUUAUGCUUAUAAUAAAAAUGUGACAAUUGUCAAUUCGUUUUAUUGUCUCCAUGGAAAUUUAAAUUGUCCCGAGAUUGUUCUCUUCCCCGCUAGGACGUUUCCCAUACAGCUGAACGAAUAUGUGGAACUGGAAAUCAUAGACAGGAGUAACCCCGAGGAGGAACAGUACAUUGUUAUAGAGAAUCAUUCCAUAAGUAAUUUAAUUUUGAACGCACUAAAGCAAGCACUAAGUGAGUUGGAAAUAUCCCUUCCCACCUUUGUUGUAAUGGAUAAGAAUUGUUACAUAUACCAUGGACAUUUUUACACAAGCGAUUACACGUACUUCCAAUGUGUAAACCCGUACAUUAGAAUUCACAGGAAGAAUAAUGUGGAGGAUUUUCGAGAUGAUAAUAGAAAUGGAAUCGAUUCUGGAAGUUCCCCACUAGCAACAUCUUUUCUAGGAAGUACUUCAUCAAGAGAUAUAAUAAACGAAAGGAAUAAUGGGAGGCUGGACAAUGGAAAUUACAUUUCACUUUACAAAGGAACGGGAUUCGAAGUGAAUUACAACUCAUUUAAAUUUUUUAACUAUUUUAAAUGUUUUUCUUAUGAUCAACUGGUAUCAUUAUUUUCCCUAUUCAUUUAUUUGUCCAAUUUAAAAGGGAAAAAUAUAUAUAAGAUAAAUAUGCAUAUAAAAAAUAUAUAUUUGAUUGACAAACCACACUGUUGCCAUAUGCUGAGAAGUAUGAAUUUAAAAAAUAAAAAAUAUGACAUAUUAAAAAUGACAGCGAGGAAGAGAAAAAAAAGAAAAAAGGAAAUUUAUAAAAAUAAGAAAAUAUAUGUUUUCACAAACAGAUAUAAAAAAAAUUGCUACAAUAAAAAUGUUUUCCAAUACAUUUAUUUAAAUAAUAUUCAUAACUGUAUUAAAAAGAAAAAAUUUUAUGGGAGAAGAAUAUUUCUCUGUUGUUUUGUUAAAGAUAAGAAUAAUAUUUAUAAUAACAGAAACGAUUGUAGUGAGAACAAUAACUGUUUGAAAUGGGUUAUGGAAAAGUGUGGAGGAAUGGAAAACGGCAUAACCAUACGCAAUUAUCUCUUCAAUGUAAAGAAUGAUGUUUUUAAUAAACCAAGUUAUUACUAUUUAAAUGAUUAUAAAAAAAUUAAAUUAUUAGAUAUAUUAUCAGAUGAUGCAGGGUAUGGUAAUUCAGCGGAAGAAAAUGAAAAUUUUCGCCCAGAUUAUUCUGAUUCCUCUCUGUUAUUUUAUCCACGUCCAACCAUUACGUACAGCAGUAAUUAUGAAUCAAAUGAAGAAAAUGGAAAAUCCAAAAGAAAAUCUACGUUUGAAGAAAUAAAUCGAUUGUACAAAAAUUUGAGAAAUCAAAAAAAUUUUUCCAAGAAUGAGAACAACAAUCCCUUUGUGUCUAUUUAUGUGUUAAAUUUUAUAAGCAAUAUGGAACACAAAAUAUUAGGGAAAAUCUCACAGAAAAAUAUUACUACUAAUCAGAAUAACACGACUCACAACCUGAACACAAUGGGUAACAACUUAAAGAACAGUGAACAAGAAAAAAAAAAAAAAAAAAAAAAAAUUAUGAACGUUUGGAAAAUUAGAUUCAUUAACAAUGAUAAAUAUAAAGGGAAAAAUAGUUACUUACUAAAAAACAUUUUGAGGCUAUAUUACAAUGAAUUAUUGGAGUUAAAAAAAAAAAGAAAUAACAAUAACAAAUGUUAUAGCAACGGGAUGAUGCCCUUGGUUCAACAUUAUCUAAUGGAGUAUAUAUCACUAAAAAAUAAGGAAUGGUUGAGGGAUGGAGAUAUAGGAACCUAUAGUUGUUUUAACAUAGAAGAAGAUUCAACAAGAUAUUACAUUGAUAAAGUUCUAAACAACAUGUUUAGCAGUAACAAAAAGAGGAUUUAUGAGUGGCCUCGAGGAAAGAAAAUGCAUAGAAACAAAUUCCACCCUAGACGGGUUUCCCAUUCAUCCUUAUUCUCAAGGAGAAGUAGUUACGAUGAAUGUUUUUAUGAUGCUGAUAAUGCACCCAUGUAUAUCGGUGCUACCAAAGGGAUUGCAAACAGUGUAGAAACCGGUGUCGAAAACAGUAUUAAAUACAGUGUUGGUAACGGUCGAGGAAAUAACCCUGGAAAUAGCCUCUUUAUCAGAAAAGUUGAUGGAGAAUUAUUCCCACAAACCACCAAUAGUGGAUACAACAAUCUAUACCAGAACAAGACAAAAGAAGUGUACUUUGUUUUGAAAAAGGGAGAUAACUUUUCUGAUAGGAUAAAUCAUUCCUUUUUGGAAAAGAAAGGAAAGAAUGGAAAGGAGUACAUCCGUGUAAGAGAGAAAAAUGUAAUAAAGAAAAGACAAAAAUAUCGAAAUAAUGAAAAAAGUACUCAAAGGAACGAAGAAAAAGGUGCAGAGAUAAAGCUAGAAGAAAUUGUUACAGACUUUUUAAAAAUUAAAGAAAAAUAUUUUUUAUGUCAUCAUGAAGAAAAAAUAACGAUUUUAUUUUUUUAUUUGAUUAGUCAUGCGAGUAAUAUAAAAACAUUUUAUUAUAUAUGGAAUCAGUUUUUUGAUAAUAUAAGAAAUAAAUAUGAAAAUAACGAAUACAUAUUUAGUGAUUAUUUAUACCUGUCGUAUGGUCCAUUAAAUAUAUAUUCCUACAGUUGUUCUAUCCUUUCUCAAUAUAUAAAAGCUUUGAAUAUAUCAACUCAACAGUUUAAAAUUAAUGAAAUGAAAGAUCAUUUGAAGCAAAAAAAAACAUUAAGUUUUUUUUGUAACGACAGUGAUGAUAAUUCAUUAUUAAAGGACAAUUCAAAUUAUGAUAGUCUUUCCAAUAUAAAUGAGAACGAACCCCUUGGAACUGCUUCUCAAAGUAAGAGCAAUAGUAUUUCUACAUUUUUUAGAAAAAAUACAUCAGAUGAAAAUGUCUUCUAUUCAUGUGAAAUGAAUGAUAGCAGUAGUUUUUCAAACAAGAGGUUUUUAGGAAGUAAAAAUGAAAACAGCUCAUCCAAUUUGGAAGCAGAUUACAGUAAAGGUAGUUUGGACUCUAUUCCACGUAGUUGUCAAUAUGGUACAUCCGAGGUUGUUCCACCUACUAGUAUCCAUACGAGCGGUAGUGCAAGUUGUAAUGAAAACAAUUAUCCUACAAGUAACGUGAAUAUAAACCAGACUAGUAAUGUGAAUAUCAACACUAGUGGUAAUAGUAGUAUAGCUGAUGGAGGAAACGUUUUUUUUGGGAAGACGCAAAGACAGAGUGGAAGUGGAAUCCCAAUAGGAGAAAAGAACAAUUUGAUGAUUUCAAAUUUUUUUCCAUAUCCAUUAAACAACAUGGAAUUAUUUAUAACUAAAAAUAAUGGAGGAACGAAAGAUGUGAAUGAUCAAGAUGAUAUGAUAACGUUAAUUCAUGAACUUUUGAAAAAUAAUAAUAAUAAAGAUAUUUAUAAUUAUAAUGAUUUUAUAAAAUGGUAUAGAAAUAAUAUAGGGAACUUUAUUUACACUUCUCAAAAUGUGUUGAAACACUACUACAGGUGCAUAAAAGAUAGCUAUUUUGUCAAUGUUGACUUGGGAUAUAUAAAGGAGAAAUGCAAAGAAAUAGAAGAUAAGUAUUACAAAAAGGGUUCUACUAUUUCCAUCAGCACUAUUGAUGGUAAUUCCUGUGUUGGUAUGGACGAGGAAAAGGACGAUUAUCUAAAGCGAAUGUUUGAUUAUGUAAAAAAUAACUAUAGCUAUAUAAAAAAGAUAAAAUGUCCAUUAAACACUUUUUUCGUGGGAGAAUUAAAUUUGGACAAUUUGCUAAAUUUGAACAUUAUAGAUUUACUAGAUUGUGCAUUUAAGGUAUUUUUUAUAUCAUAUAUAAAUUCCAUAAUGAAUUCCAAGUUGAUUUAUAUUCGCAAGAUUCAGGAGAUUCUUUCCAAAAUGUUUAGCAUUAUAAAACAUAUUCACAGGAAAAAAAAAAAAAAAAAAAAAAAAAAAAGUAAAAAGGAUAACAAUACUGAUGAUGGAGAAGGAGGAGUAGGAGAAGAUUGUAGAAGCAGUAUCAAAAAUAACAGCAACAAUAACCACACCAGGAACGAUAGCAAUGAUAAGACAUUUUUGAAACACAUCAUAAACAAAAGUAAUUCAUCAGAAUUAAUCAAGGGCAGAGAAAGAUACAAGAACGAUUUUGAUGAUAACACACCGAAGAAACCUUCUAAUUUGAUCAUUAAAGAUGAAGAUAAUAAUGGUAGUGAUGUUGUUUCCCAUCUCUCCAAAUUGAACGGAGAGGUUAGAGACCCCACAUCACCUGCAGAAAAUACGCACAAUAGUGAUUUUCUAAUGGAUCAUAGGAAUAAUAGUGAUGGAAAUGUAAACUUGAUUUCCAGGAAAGGUAAUAAUAUGGGGGAACAGGAGGAGAACCCGGAUGGUGGUAAGAUUAAUGUAGGAGAAGAAGGACUUAAUGGUGGUAAUGAUUUGAACCAAAUUAGCCCCAUCCAAGUUACAACCAUUGCAUUAAACAACACGAUUUCGAAUAACAUAAAGACACAGGAAAAUGCGAACGAUUCAGAAAGAAACAGUAGCGAUAAUGUUGAUUUUUGUUUCAGUGAAGAGAAGGCAGGCUACAAAAACAGUAGCUUUAACAUUAACAAAGAGGAGAAUUAUUUUAAAAAUUAUUCAGUUGAUACGGAAAAAAAGAAAAAGAAAACUUCCUACGAUGGUACGGACUUUUCAGAGGACAUUAAGAGAAUAUAUAAAAAUAGAUAUAAAAUAAUUUUUAAUAAAAAAUUAUUUCUUCUAUUUGAGAAGUGUGAAGAAGUGUUUAACAAAGCAGUGUGGUUAUAUAGAAUUUUUAACAAUAAUUUAAAUGAAAAAAUAAUUUUUAAUUUGAUAAAUACCAUUCUGGAAUCGGAAGAGAAAGAAAUUAUUAUCAAACCAAAAUAUGAAAAAUAUUUUUACAAUUUUAUAAAAAACAUAUAUCUAAAUGAAAGCAGUAAAAAUAACGUAUUUGAUAAAAAAGGAAGUAGUAGUAGCUCCAAAUUUCAAAAAAUAAAUAAAUCCAUUUCUUCCAAAAAUUUAAACAAAACUUUAAAAUCCAAAAGUUCAAAAAAUCCAAAAAAUAACGUGAUUAAUAACCCUUACCAGAGUUUGGGUAUAUCUGUAAAAAUAAAAAAAAACGAGUCUCAGGCAUCCCAAACAGGUGAUGAAAAGAAUAUAAUAAGCAAAGAUAAAUUGUCUCUCCUUCUACAUUCCUACAAUAAGGAACAGAACAUUCAAGAGUGCAUUAUAGAUUAUGUUGACUAUAGCUUCAGUGAUACUCUUUACAACACCCCAUCGCGAAUGUACUGUAGCGUGAAUCCGAUGGACACGACAGUUUCGUUUGUUAAGACUACAUCCAUUUUGUAA